CGAUCUCUCCCUCCCCCUUCUCUCUCGAUCCCCGGCCCCAUGGCGUCGCCGUCGCGGCCGCCGCCGCCCUUCGCGCACCAAAACCCUACCCCCGCCCCCAACCCGGCCGCCCCGUCCCUCCCGGCGUCCUUCUCCAACCUCCACGUCUCCCGCGCGCCCCCGCCCUUCGCGCCACCCGGUGCCGGGGCUCCGCCACCGGCGAAUGGCCCCGCCCCCUCGUCGAUCCGCGCGCCGCAGGCUCCGGCCCCCGGGGCGAGGCCGUUCCCCGGGAGCCCGCCGCCGCCGUUCACGCGGCCUGUGGGUGUGGGGUCGGUGCAGCAGGCGUCUCCCCCCUUCGGCGGCCCGCCCGGGGCGAUGCCCUCGCAGCCGAUGCAGCAGCAGCAGCAGAGGCCCGCCUUCGGCGCGCCGCCUCCGCAGGCGCAGCGGGCAACCUUUGGAGGGCCGCCCUCGGCGAUGUCGUCGAGGCCAUUCGGUGGCCCGCCCGCCGCGGCGUCUCAGCCUCCUCCUUUCGGUGGGCCGCCGAUCGCGGCGUCUCAGCCUCCCCAAUUCCGCGGCCCGCCUUCUGCUGCUGCAGCAGCAGCUCAAUCGGCUCCGCUGGCCGGGGCUCCAUUUUCAGCGGCUCAGCCACCUCCAUUCGGCGGACCACCUGGGGCCGUGCCUCAGCCUGCGCCCGCUGGUGGGGUAAGGCCGCCAUUUGGAGGGCCACCUGCACAGACGCAGCAGGUUCCGUUUGGUGGGCCACCACAGUUCGGGGUGCCAAGACCAGGAACGCAGCCUCCGCCUUUUGGGGCUCAGUCUGCACCGGUGUCACAGCCACCUCCGUUCAUGGGGGCGCCAGCGAAUGCGCCAUCAUUUGGGCCUCCGGGCUGGCAAGGGCAAGCUCGACCACCAAUGCCAGGCAUGCUGCCCAAUGCUCAUGGACAGGGGAUGCCAUCAACACCGGCCAUUCCGUAUUCUCCACAUGCUGGAGCCCAGGUCUCUACCCCAUCCAAAAUUGAUCCUAAUCAAAUACCACGUCCAAUAGCUGAGACAUCAGUCAUCAUUUUUGAGACCCGACAAGGUGGCCAAGCAGCUGUUCCACCGGCUGCAUCCAGUGAAUUUAUUGUCAAGGACACAGGUAACUGCAAUCCGCGUUUGAUGCGGUGCACCUUGAAUCAGAUACCAUGUACAGGGGACAUCUUGACAACAUCAGCAAUGCCAUUGGCCUUGAUGGUGCAACCUUUUGCACUUCCUCAUCCUUCGGAGGAGCCUAUCCAGCUUGUGGACUUUGGAGAGAUGGGACCUGUUAGGUGUUCACGCUGCAAAGCAUACAUAAAUCCUUUCAUGCGAUUCAUUGAUCAAGGGAAGCAUUUUAUCUGUAACUUGUGUGGAUUUAGCAAUGAUACUCCAAGGGAGUACUUGUGCAAUUUAGGACCUGAUGGUAGGCGGCGUGAUGCUGAUGAAAGACCUGAGUUAUGUAGGGGAACAGUUGAAUUCAUUGCCACCAAGGAAUUUCUGGUUCGUGACCCAAUGCCUGCUGUAUAUUUUUUCCUCAUUGAUGUUUCCAUGAAUGCAAUACAGACUGGUGCAACAGCUGCAGCUUGCAGUGCAAUUUCCCAGGCUAUUUCAGACCUUCCUGAAGGUCCUCGAACAAUGGUUGGGAUUGCCACAUUUGAUUCUGCUAUUCAUUUCUACAGUCUUAAACGCGAUCAGCAACAGCCUUUGAUGCUUAUUGUUCCUGACAUCCAAGAUGUGUACACCCCACUUCAAACAGACUUGAUUCUCCCAAUUUCUGAGUGCCGUGAGAAUUUGGAGCAAUUACUGGAGAGCAUCCCUAACAUGUUUGAGACCAAUAGGGUUGGUGAUUCGGCAUUUGGGGCAGCUAUGAAGGCCAGUUUCCUUGCUAUGAAGUCCACUGGUGGAAAGCUACUCGUGUUCCAGUCAGUACUACCAUCUGCUGGAAUUGGUUCAUUAUCUACUAGGGAGGCUGAAGGUAGAUCGAAUAUUUCCACUGGAGAUAAGGAAGCACAUAAGCUCCUGCAGCCAGUCGAUAAGACUCUCAAGACAAUGGCACUAGAAUUUGCAGAGUAUCAAGUUUGUGUGGAUGUGUUCCUUACCACACAAUCAUAUGUAGAUAUUUCUUCGAUAUCAGUUGUUCCUAGUACCACUGGUGGCCGGGUGUACUAUUAUUAUCCAUUUUCUGCCCUUUCUGAUCCAGCAAAGCUGUUCAAUGAUCUCAGAUGGAAUAUCAGUAGACCCCAGGGAUUUGAGUCUGUCAUGCGUGUCAGGUGCAGUCAAGGACUUCAAGUUCAAGACUACACUGGCAACUUUUGCAGGCGUGUUCCUACUGAUAUUGAUCUUCCUGCGAUUGACUCGGAUAAAACCAUAAUGGUCACCUUUAAGCAUGAUGACAAAUUGCAGGAGAAUUCGGAAUGUGCUUUCCAGUGCGCACUUCUUUACACGACAGUAUAUGGGCAAAGAAGGAUACGGGUCAUAAAUCUCUCGCUUCCAUGCACGAAUGUGCUCAGCAACCUUUUCCGAUAUGCUGAUCUGGAAACACAGUUUACAUAUGUUGUGAAGCAAGCUGCAAAUGCCAUUCCAUCCACACCUCUAUCACAAGUUAGGGAUCAAGUGACAAACACGUGCAUUAAUAUUCUCCAGUCUUACCGAAAACAUUGUGCAUCUGUAAGUUCUUCGGGACAAUUGAUUCUUCCAGAGGCUCUAAAGCUCCUGCCUUUGUAUACCCUAGCAUUAAUUAAAAGUGUUGGAUUGAGGACUGAAGGGAGAUUGGACGAUCGAUCAUAUUGGGUGUCAAUUGCCUCUUCAAUAUCUGUGUUGUUAGCUAUUCCAUUGGUGUUUCCAAGGAUGAUUGCCCUCCAUGAUCUUACAUCAAGGAGUGAUGACGAUUCCCUUAUACCAACCCCACUUACACUCAAUAGUGAGAAUACACUUGAUUCUGGAAUUUAUUUGUUGGAAAAUGGUGAGGAUGGUUUUGUUUAUGUCGGAAAUGCAGUAAACCCUGCCACCCUUGAGCAAAUAUUUGGUGUCUCAUCUUUGGCCGGAGCACCAAAUCUGUUGGUAUUGGAGCAAUAUGAUAACGAACUUUCCAGGAAAGUAAAUGACGUGGUGAAUGAAAUAAGGCGACAGAGAUGCUCCUACUUGAGAUUGAGACUAUGCAAACACGGAGACCCAUCUGGAGAUUUCUUCCGCUCACUAUUAGUUGAAGACAAGGCACCUGGUGGCCUUUCUUAUGUAGAGUUCCUUGUACAUGUUCAUAGGCAAAUCCAAAGCAAGAUGACAUGAUGUGGGCUGAUCCCAUUUCGUUGUUGUAAUAUUUUGGUAAGUAGGAACCCCAGAAGGAAUUGAUCUCUGCAUGAUGAUACACCAAAAGGAAUGGAAAAAUUACUCUCCAAAGCGCAAUCAUAAUUGGCCCUUGGAGAGGGUUGCGGAUUUGACAGGAUUCUGCAAUAUUUUGAAGCAUCGGUUUUGGCGUCGGCGAUAUGUGUGUAUAGAGAUUAGUCGGGUGGAGUUAUUGGUCUUUAGAUUGUGGGACUAUUUAUUUUUCUACUGUGAACAGCUGCUGUAUUAUGUUGAGGUGAGCAAAGAGAUGAGUUGAGCAAUAAUAUUGUAUGGCUAGUGCUUAUCAAGUUGUCAUAUGCAUGUACUAAUUGCACAUAAAGUUCAGAUUCAUAGUGGGGGCAUGUUUAACUA